ACUGAUGACCUGUGGCUCUGGAGCGUCCCAGCUGACUGCGGAUUAGGGCAGAGCAUUAAAACUCACAUUGAGCCUCAUGUGCUUUUCACUCAGACAUCUCUUUCAGAGUGCGGUGGUCUGCGAUACGGCGCCGACAUGAACGUGUCAGACAUACACCACGGCACGCUCAGGAUGUACGGUGGGUUUCUUUUCAAACAGUGGAAGAAAAGGUUCCUGCUCCUGACGGCAGAAGGCAGUCUCCUGGUGUGCCACGACGCCUCGUCUCCCCCGGACCAGCUGGUGCAGCUGCCCAGCAGCUGUGAGGCCAUCGUGGAGGGCAACGAGAUCCUGGACCUGCCCAGGCUGCCCUCGGGCGGAUGCAGGGACUGCUGCUUUGCUCUGAUCCUGCCACAGAAUAAAUACCUGCUGCUGCUGGCUGAAACCACCGCGGACUGCAGUCAGUGGCUGAAUGUUCUGAGGAAAGUCAAAAAGAGCCUGUCGUCGCCGCUCAGCCCCUGUAAGCGUCAUCACGUGCCGCCGCACAUCGCCCUGCGUGACUUGGUGCCUGAGCAAAUCCUGGACAAAGACCCGACGACUCCCCCCGUCAGCGACACAGAGUCCUCGUCCCCAGGGCCCAGAACCUGCGCCUCCCCAAGGGAGAAAGGCAGGAAUUCUCCCCGUUCUAAGUAUUACCCAGGGGCCGCGCACUCGGUGGGAUGUCUGCGUCACGGCACCAUCAACAACGCCCAGGCCAUGAAGGCGGUCUAUCUGCUGAUGGGAGGGGCGGCAGCCUCCUCGGCGAUGGGCUAUCUGGGGGCGUGCUCGCCCUCUAACCUGGAGGUCAAAGCCCCCGACCUGCCCAUCAACACCGAUUUCUCUGGCAUGGGGCCAGCGGGGGCCUACCACACCGGGGGGCCCUCGCUCGACUCCCCGCACUUCAACAGUUUUGACUUUGAGGUGGCAGACUCUGAUUUUGAUGCUUUCGAUUGUGGCGGAUUUACUUUCUAA